AUGGCCACGCACACGAUGGGCGGCUCCACCCCGGGGCAGGAGGUCUUCGAUUCCUACCGGUACCAGAUCGCGACGAUGGCCUACGCCGCCGGGCUGGCGCACUACCACCGCCUGCCGGCGCUCCGCUCCGUCUUCCGCACCCUGUUUGACCAGCUCAUCCACAAGAUGAUGCACCGGGACGUCUGGGGCUACUGGUUCCUGACCAGCCAGUCCGGAAAGUACGUGGAUCCAGACAUCACCGAGCUGCGGAAGCCCUGGCCCGACCCCGUGUGCAGGGAGAACAUAAUGUUCUCGGGCCACCUGCUCCUGAUGUGCAGCCUCUACGCGAUGCUCUUCGACGACGACAGGCACGACGAGCCGGGCGCGCUGACGUUCGACUGGAACCCGGUCUUCUUCGGGCUCGGCUCGGAGAAGUUCCCCUACACCCGCACCACCCUGCAGCAGACGAUCGUGAACGAGAUGGAGCAGACGGGCUGGAUGGGCGUGUGCUGCGAGCCCAACUGCGUCUUCAUCAUCUGCAACCAGUUCCCCAUCAUCGGCAUCAGGUACAGCGACGUGCGCAACGGCACGGACGUCGUGUCCCACGUGCUGGAGAAGUACCAGGCUGCGUGGAAGGCCAAGAACGGGGGCUUCGUCGGCCCGGACGGGUCGGGGGAUGACAACUUCGUCUUCUACUGGAUGAUAAGACAGGAUUCGUUCGUAAACCUCGAUGGCAUCUCCGGCAACGCCUGGGCUUGUUCGUUCAUGAACUCGUGGAACUCCGAGUUCGUCCACGCGUGGUAUCCUAAGCUCAUAAAGGGCUAUCUCACGUGGCACCCCGACGGGCGCGUCAACCUGAACAACAUACUCGUCGCCCAUGAGAUCCGGGCCUCGCUCAAGAACGGGGAGGAGGAGCUGGACGAGCGCAGCUCGACUGCCUCACCCGAGACAUUUGCCAGAGCGGCCUCGAAAGUCCAGAAGGGCCUGGAAGGAGGGAAGCUCCAGACGCCGAUGGGGGAGUCCAACUCCUCCACCACCUUCGGAUUCACCGUGCAAUGGACCUCUGAGGUGUCAGCGCCACCGGCAGAUGGCGAGAGGGAUGUUGUCGCGGGCUUGCUCAAGCACGCGGAUGCAUACCUGAACCCAACCUGGGAGAAGGGUGGGCUCUUUUACCCGAGAAAAGACGGGAAUCUUCAGGACGAUAAGGGGAACUGGGUUGCCAUGGAUGUGUAUACUGGCAACGCCGCUAUUGCUUACGGCCGUUUGAACGUCAGGGAUGGACAGAAGAAGAUGUGGGAGAAACCCUGGACCAAAGAUGGACACCAUGCGACAUACCCCUAUGUCGAAGGAGUGGAUCUGUCCACUGGAGUCGACUUCCUUCGUGGCGAGUGGAACGAGGAGGUGGGAGCAUUUGUUGUGACGAUGAGGACUUGGGAUGGUUCCAACAGCAGAGUCGACCUGAAGAUCAACAACCUCCCAGCUGGACUCUACGGGUUGUACCAAUCAGGCGAGCUUACACAGGUCAAGCAAGUGAAGGCUGGGGAUGUAUUUGACGUGACCGCUGAGGUUGGUGCUGAUGAGGUUGAUAUUGUGCUUGUGCAACAACAGGUCUAG